AUGGGCCUGGUACCAGCGGAUCGCGGCCUUCCUUUAGCAGCAGGGGUUCCGGUCCACAUGGUCCGAUGCCUCCCUGUUUGUUUAUCACCAGGGCACCGCCACCGCGUACCUCCUCCUCUCGUCGACGACAACAUCUUGACUGCGUCCUCGCCAGCGCUGCUUCAGCAGAUCACAUCACGCCUCGGCACCGAGUUCGCCCUCAAGGACAUGGGGGCUCUCCACUACUUCCUUGGCAUCGAGGUUGUUCGCCGGGCCACUGGCUUCUUCCUGCAUCAGCAGAAGUACGCCUACGAGCUUCUGGAGCGAGCCGGCAUGCUUAACUGCAAGCCUGCUCCCACGCUUGUCGACACGAAGGCUAAGGCGUCCGCCGUCGAGGGUUCUCCGGCGUCUGAUGCUCCCUUCUACCGCUCCUUCGUCGGUGCUCUUCAGUACCUCACACUGACGCGUCCGGACAUUCAUUACACUGUCCGGCAGGUGUGCCUUCACAUGCAUGCUCCUCGUGAUACUCAUUGGCUCUGGUGA